GUUUUUUUCGAGCACUUGUUUAGGUAAUAAGAAUUGAUACCUAAUGAAUCCAGGUUAUACUGUGAAGGUUUUGGGAUGUAAAGAUUAUCCUCUCCAGGCCUGCGACAUAUAGGAAUUGAUCUGUACGAAAGAGUGAUCAGGACAGGACACCAAAGUCGGUGAAAAUGUGAUGCCUUUUUAAAAGAAAUCUUGUGUUUUAUUUUUUUGCCACAUUGGACAGUUUUCUAUCGAAGAAGACCCCCGAUGUACUGUUGCCACUUAAUGUGAGUUCAUGCGUUAAACACACUGGCCUUCAUUUCGCUUUACAUGAGACUGAUGUCAUCCAACUGAUAUCCAGUUGGAUUUGAAUGAAUAGGGAUUAAAAAAUCAGCAUUAGAUAAAUAGAGAUCGAUACCAAUGCACUUUUAAAUUCAUCACACCUCGAUUUUCCCUAGAAUUAUACUAUACAGAGCAGACGUGAGGACACCCCUUAAAUAAGUUGACACGAAGUUCUUUGCAAAGAUCUACUAGUAUAUCGCAAACUGGGCAAAAAGAUACAUUCUCCAACGGAGAUGAUGAGAAAAUGCUGUCAUUGGUGCCGAUAAUUAAUGAAAUCAACUGAUCGACCAAUCAGAUUUUGAGCUGAGGUGUCCACGUUUGAUUUUAUUGAACUGAAUUUAUUUCUUGUGAUAUUUGAUUACCCUCACCACACUCAGUGACGAUAUAUAAAGAAAUAUAUUGGAUUUCUCAUCAUACAGGAGGACUUCUUGCCUAUUUCAGUGAUAGAGAAAAAAUUCCUUUAAUUAUAUGAUUUAUGGUAAAUUUAAGACCCAUAAUUCAUAAAAACCUAAAGGUCCGUCAACUGGGAAAGUUCAAGUGGAUUAAUGGAAUUUAAAAAAUCUAUACCAUAAACAAGACUUAUGGUAACUAUUGCCAAGGUUGGAGAGUUCACUUACAGUCGGGAUUAACCGCUAACACCCGUGUACUCACCAGACUUUGGAUAAAUUCUCCCCGAAAACACGGCCUGGAAAAUUGUGGUGCAAAAACAAAAUAUACAAGCGAUGAAGUUACCGACUCUACACUUUAUCCAAAUUUCUGUGGAUUAUACACAAAAUAAGAGCUGCCCUUUUGUGAAAAUCGUGUCUUUGGUCAAUGGAUGCUAGUGUUAAUUUUCGUAUUUUAUAAUAGUGCCAAAAUUAUUUGCAGAAGAGGAUGUUCUUUCGAGAAAAGGGAUAGAGGACUGGAGGUUGGUUUUAAAACUUCAUGCGUAAUCUGCCCACAGUUUUGAUUGAGGUGUAUAUAUUUUCGUCUUCAGGAUCGGAUAUAAGGAAUUUUUAAAAAUUUUUUUCCAUUCAUUGAAUUUUAAGGAAAUCCACAUUCCUAGAGGGACUGCAAGUGUCGUGUUCGUGGGUAGCGGAGUCCCUUUGGACGCGAUUACGGUGUCAACUUCAAAAAAACAACUUAAAUAAAAUCAUGUAAGGCAUCAAAUUUGUUAAUUGUGUUAAAGAAGCAAUUUAGACUGGAAUAUUUUUUCUAGAACAGAAAAUGCUUUCUCAACUAGUUAAGUCGGUGCAGUAUUAAGGUGACUGAGGAUCUGAGUAAUGGAGGAACAGACAUUUCCGUCUAUCGAUGUUAACUCGUCUGUGGUGUAUGCUGUCUCAAAUUUAACUGGUCUAAAUCUGAGCACCACCGAGAUCCCAGAAUCCAAGGAAACAACGUCGGGAAUUCCGGAAUCGCCCUACACACCAUGGGAGCAGGCGAUAAUUCUGUUUUUCCUCAUUUUAAUGAUGAUAGGGACGAUCAUAGGAAACUCUUUAGUAUGCAUAGCUGUAGCUUUGGUAAAACGACUCCAAACGCCAUCAAAUCUCCUCAUCUUAUCCCUUGCAUUAUCCGACCUUUUGGUAGCUGUCUUAGUCAUGCCAUUUGCAGCCACCAACGAGGCUGCGGGCCAUUGGCUGCUGGGAGACAUCGUAUGUGAUAUAUUUACGUCACUAGACGUCAUCUUGUGUACCGCUUCUAUUUUGAAUUUAUGCAUGAUCAGUGUGGACAGAUACCUUGUAAUCACUCGACCGUUUCAGUACGCAAUGAAGCGUACACCUCGGCGGAUGGCUGUUAUGAUUGCCAGUGUUUGGAUGUUAUCUGUUGUGAUUUCAAUACCCCCUCUUUUGGGAUGGAAAUCGGAAAGGCCCGACUACGUUUGUUUUAUUAGUCAAAACAUAGGAUACCAAAUCUAUGCAACUCUUUUGUCCUUCUAUAUUCCACUAAUGGCGAUGAUAUUUGUGUACUUUCGUAUUUGGCGGGUAUCAUCGCGUCUUGCUAAGAAGGAAAUGAAAUCUCAGCCAGGGAGCAUUGAUAAAGGGGCUGAAAUACUCUACCUUCCGUCUCAUCGCACUCCAAGGCAUAGCAAAGAAAGUGACUAUGGAACGCAUCCGAAUGGAAUUCUCAAAAACGGCGGAUGCGGUGACAAUUGUAGUAGUAAGAAAAGUUCAAAAGAGGAGGACGAAUCCAUGUUAGAUAUGCUAGCGAACCAUAGGAACAAUAAUCGACGGAGAUUUACAUUGAAGUCACUGCUAAGUCGUAAUAACAAGCACUCCCACAAGGAAAGACGGGCAAUAAAGACACUGGGGGUUAUAAUGGGCGGGUUCACCGCGUGCUGGUUGCCAUUUUUUAUUCUUGCCGUUAUUAGACCGUUUUGUGGUGUGAACGAGGAGAAUUGUUCCAUUCCAGGAAGUCUAAUGAGCAUUUUUAACUGGUUAGGUUAUUUUAAUUCAUUUUUGAACCCCUUGAUUUACGCUCGAUUCAACAGAGAAUUCCGGACUCCAUUUAUAGAAAUUCUCUGCUGUAGAUGUCGUAAAAUUAACAUCCGGAUCCGUUCAGAAAGUUAUGCUGAAAAAUAUGGUGAACCGACAGUGCUAAGGGACACGACAUUUCGGGAUAGUCUAAAACCUGUUACAGACACUGUAGUGCGGUAUGACAGCCAAGGGGUUACAAAUGUGCAUAUCGGAAACGGCAGUGCCGAUAAUUACGACAAAGACAGAGAAAGUGUUGUGUAAUAAUGGAUACCAGUCACUUAACUGUUUCAAAAGAGCAUAAUGAUAUUUCUAUAAGGGUACAAUUUGCGUCCACAAAGCGUUUGCUAAGUCAAUGUUUGAGUAGCGAGCGCUGUUCGUUU